AUGUCGUUUGAUGGCCCUAGCACAUACUCAGCACAAGUCCUUCCUGGAGAAGAACCAGAAGAUAGUUCAUUCAAUGAAAUAACCAAGGCCUUUAGAUCCUUUAUUUUGGAGUUUAGACUAGACUCGCAGUUCAUUUACAGAGACCAAUUGAGAGAAAAUUUGCUUAUAAACAAAUAUUUUUUGAGAGUCGACAAUGAGCAUCUUAUUGGUUUCAAUGAAGAAUUGAACAAAAAAUUGACCGAUGACCCGGCAGAAAUCAUUCCGCUCUUUGAAAGUGCCAUCACCGAUAUCGCAAAGAGAAUCGCAUACCUUUCCAAAGAUGAGAUUCCCCACGGCUUCCCAAACUGUCAGUUGAUUUUGUUCUCACAGGCCAAUAAAGUAGCUAUUAGAAACCUCGACUCCGAGCACAUUGCCAAAGUUGUUAGAGUUAGUGGAAUUGUUAUUUCCGCAUCGGUGCUCUCAUCACGAGCAACGCAGGUACAAUUGAUAUGUCGUCAAUGUAAACACACGAUGCAAUUGAAAAUCAAGUCUGGAUUUGGCCAGAUUCAAUUGCCAAAAUGCCAAAGUCCUCACAAUGUUGACCCAAACUCUACCCAGGAGAAGUGUCCACCUGACUCAUACGUCAUUGAUCACGACAAGUCCACAUUUGUUGACCAACAAGUUUUGAAGCUACAAGAGAGUCCAGAUAUGGUGCCUGUUGGAGAAAUGCCUAGACAUAUUCUUUUGCAAAGCGAUAGAUACUUGACCAACCAGGUUGUCCCAGGAACUAGAGUCACGAUUAUUGGGAUUUAUUCAAUCUUCCAAUCCAAACAAAGAGGCGGAAGCUCGGGCAGUGCAAAUAGUAAUGUGGCAAUAAGAAAUCCAUACUUGAAAGUAUUGGGUAUUCAAACUGAUAUUGAUAAUGGCGCCAAUGGACAAGGAAUCACCUUUAGUGAAGAAGAGGAAGAAGAAUUUUUGGAAUUGUCAAGAAUGCCCAAUUUGUAUGAGGUGUUCUCCAAUUCAAUUGCUCCUUCUAUUUACGGAAACCAGGAUAUCAAGAAGGCCAUCACUUGUUUAUUAAUGGGUGGCUCGAAAAAGAUUUUACCAGAUGGAAUGAGAUUGAGGGGUGAUAUCAAUGUUCUUCUUUUGGGUGACCCAGGUACUGCCAAGUCACAAUUGUUGAAAUUUGUAGAAAAAAUUGCGCCAAUUUCCGUCUACACCUCAGGUAAAGGUUCAUCGGCUGCAGGUUUGACUGCGUCUGUACAAAGAGAUCCACAGACAAGAGAUUUUUACCUUGAAGGUGGUGCUAUGGUCUUGGCAGAUGGAGGUGUUGUUUGUAUUGAUGAGUUUGACAAAAUGAGAGACGAAGACAGAGUUGCUAUUCACGAAGCAAUGGAACAACAAACAAUUUCAAUUGCAAAAGCGGGCAUCACAACCAUUCUUAACUCAAGGACUUCUGUGUUGGCUGCAGCAAACCCGGUAUUUGGACGUUAUGAUGAAUUCAAGAGUCCUGGCGAAAACAUUGAUUUCCAAAGCACAAUCUUAUCGAGAUUUGAUAUGAUUUUUAUUGUCAAGGACGACCACAAUGAGCGAAGAGAUAUGUCAAUUGCCCACCACGUGAUGAAUGUUCAUGCUGGAGGCAAGACCCAAGAGUUGCAACAAGAAGGUGAAAUACCUAUCGAAACAAUGAAGAGGUAUAUCCAAUACGUUAAAUUGAGAUGUGCGCCUCGUUUGACCGCCGAGGCUUCAGAGAGACUCUCUUCCCAUUUUGUCUCCAUUCGAAGAAGGUUGCAAAUUAAUGAAAGUGAGAUGAAUGAACGCUCGUCGAUCCCCAUUACGGUUCGUCAGUUGGAGGCCAUCAUUCGUAUUACUGAGUCAUUGGCAAAAUUGAGGUUAAGUCCAAUUGCAACAGAGGAGCACGUUGAAGAAGCAAUCAGGUUGUUUACUGCCUCAACUAUGGAUGCAGUCGACCAGGGUGUUGGUAAUAGCACUGAUGCGCUGUUGAAUGCAGAGAUCAAGAAGGUCGAACAAGAGUUAAGAAGGAGAUUACCGAUUGGUUGGUCUACAGCUUAUAGAACACUUAGAAAAGAGUUUGUUGAUUCUGGGAAAGCCAGUAGUUCAGCUUUGGAGAAAGCUUUAUACAUUAUGGAACGUCAUGACGUCAUCAAGUUCAGACAUCAAGGACAAAAUAUUCUACGGGUUGGUGUCUAA